UUAUGACACAAGGCGCGGACAUAUGCAUAUCAAGUCUUUUAUAAUAAACCCGAAUAAGCAACUUUUCUUGAGCCGAAGUAAGAUCAAGGCGUGAUUUUUUUUUUCUGAGAACACACUCUACUCGUUUCUGAACCAUAAUGAAUUAUCAUGGAGCCGGGGUUGACUGCAUUUCUUAUGAAGGAGAAAUUGAAAAAUUUAAAAUUUGUAUUGAACAGGUGACUCAAUGCUUUAUGCGGUCCAUAAAUAGAAGUUCUAAUGAGUCUUCAAAAGAAGUGAUUAAGCUGAUGGAAAGAAAUCAGAAGCUUGCUGAAGUUUUACAAAAAAAGCAAUCAGAGGCAAAACGCUAUAAGGAACAGUAUCUUUCUCUAUCUAACUGGGUCAGAGAAAAUAUAGCUGAAAAAAUGCAUCAAAGUGGACAUCUAACACAAAACAUAAAUGAUCCUGCAAGAGAAUCUGAAAUUCUGAGUAUGUAUUCAAACCUAAGAGUACCACAGUGGGCUCGCAUAUAUGGAGAAUUGUGCUCAAUCAAAGAUUCAGACAGUUCUGCAGCAAAUAAAAUAGGAAAUGACAUUAUUGAGAAAAUAAUUGGUUUGUCACAGAUGAUGCAUCAUAAAAUGGAUAAAGAUAUUUCAAAUACUGUGUCUUUAUACUACCCAAGCUCUUCUGAGGCCUUGGUCCAGAAAAAGAUUCAGAAGCAUAGAAAAUUACUUCAAACAAGACUUCUUCAACAAAGUGAAGAUCUAAAAGCGGAGUCUGCAACUGCCUUGGAUAGUGUAUUGGAUGAAAUCAAUUUUGAUAUUCCACUUGAUCUAAAGGAGAAAAUUAAGGGCUUUGUGCAUAAAUUCUUUCUUGUUGCUUGUUUAAUGUUACUUCAUAAUCCAUCACUGACACUUGAGAUCUCUCCAGAAGAUGAAAAAAUUAAAUUGCAACAAAGUUGUGUUGUAUUUCCUGCAGUUAGAAACAAUAAAGAUUUUGUCUGUCCAAGGCAAAUGCACCCACCAGGACUGUUCCAGUGUUAACCUCUGAAGUAAAGAAAUUAUGAAUUAACUUGGCUAAAGAGUAGAAAAUAUAAUGCAAAAUAAAAGAAUAAAAGGAAUUUUAUUGAUCUUGCAUAUACACAAGUUUUAGAAGGACCCAUUUUUCCAGGUUUUAUUAAAAUGUAAGCAGUUCAUGUCCAGUGAAUAACUUAAAAUAGUACAGAGGUAGGCGAUAAACUGCUAGAGUUUAAAAAAAGGUUUUAGCAGAUUCAAAACUAACGCAAUUGUCAAUGUUAUACAAAAUUGCCUUCUUUAGAAAACACGAGAUGUGAUAACAACUUGCAGCUUUUCUGAAGCAAUGAAAGUUUAUUAAGCCUUGAAAGCUGAUGCAAACAGUCACUACAGAUAUCACAACUUUCGAUUACUUACAAACCUGUCUGAAGCACUAUUUGGAUAAUACUGUAUUGUAUAUUGUAACUUCAAGAAAAGGGCAAUUAAUGAAGGAAGACACACAGACAGACCAUCACAACCCUUAAAAGUGUGUCUCACUUUCAGCUGUGAAGUGAAGUCUUUGAGCUGCACAAAGGUUUGAUAGGGAGACGGGCAGUAAAAAUCCACUGCUAAAAUAAAUCAACUUUCAAGGCUUAAAUAACUUUCAUGGCUACAGAAAAGUUGUAAGUGAAUAACCCAUUACUUGUUCCCUGAAGAAGACUUUUUUGUAUAACUCUGAAAAUUAUAUUAUUUUUCAUUUUUUGGUAACAUAAACUUUUUCUUUAACUUCUGUCAGCUUAUUGCUUACCAUUUCAAGUUACUCACUGGACUUGAACUGCUUAAAUUUCAAUUAAAAAAAUGGGAAAAUUAGAGUGUUUUAAAACUUUUGACCAGUAUUCUAUUUAUUUCUUAAUUAAAUAGAAAAACUGUCUUACAGCAAAUUUAUUAAUCAGAUAUUCAUAAUCAAUUUAUUUAAUUGUAUUUACUGCUAACAUUGAUUUGAACAUGCAGCUCUAUUGUAAUAUUGCCUUAUGAAAAUCUGUAUAAUUUGUUAUAUACUAAAAUCCUUUGGUUGUUGCAAUGAUUCUUUCCUUGGAUUAAGUGGAUUUUACUAAUAUGCAGAGUCCUUGAAAUCU